UGUCGCCUGCGACCUCUACUUGUCUCCUCACCAAAUCCUUUUAUAGGAGCGCCUAACGCAUCUUGAAUUCGAGUAUCAUUCGAACAUAACUUGAAAGCAUUAGAAUAUACCCCACUAGGGCUUUUGCUUGAAAACAGUUCUCUAAACACUGCGUAAAACAGAGCUGCAGUAACACCUAUUCCGAGGAGAAUGAUAGCAGAGUAGGAUGCUGUUUUAGUAGCUUCUUUUACUGUCACCUUCACAUCAGUUUGAAGUUCACUAUCAGCUUUCCUGACAGAAAUACCUUUCUUAUCAGAAUACUUUCUGUUUACUAACCUGAAAAAACUGUCUGGAUCAGAAUCAUAAACUGUUAAGACUUUGCAAUGUUCACUCACUAAAGGAUAGGGCAAACGUAAACUUUUUAAUAAUAACUUUCGAGCUGAUUGUGAAAGAAGAAUUGACAUGUUAACUAAGGUAUACUUGAGAUUUAACAAGUUUGAGUUAUAACAAAAAAAAAAAGGGACGAAUAAAAAAUAUUUUAAAAAAUAGUCAUUUCUUAGAGUUCAUGAAGUAGAAAUUUCCAAACAAAACAAAUUGUAUACUUGAGAAUAUUAUUUUCCACAAAAACCGGUAUAAUCAACUUUCAUAACUUCCUACACUGUUAUCCCAAUGCCACUGAUAUUUAAAGAUAUGUCAGUAGUCAAGUUUUUUAAGAUUAGAUAGUGAAGAUUUAUAUCAAUUCAAACAAUACGAACACGAUUUGAGCAAUAACAUCAUUUUAGAACUAGCAAUAAAGUUAUGGAAUGUUGAAGACGUCAUUAUACCAUUAGAACCCUGCACACACGUAAUUAAACUAAAAUUGGAUGCAGUAGGUAACAUGUGAGGUUGUCUAGAAUUGAACUAUCGUUAACAGUAUUAAGUUUGUUUAUAUAGAAUUAGAUAUUAGUGUUGAUAUUCAAUUUAAUUUUUUUAUUAAAACUAAAGAAGAAAUAGGGUAUGGAAUGGUACUUUUCAACUAAAGAGUUCCUGUCAUCCAGAUACUAUGGAUUAUAUUCUGGAAGAAGUUCAAGAAAUAACUUUACCCAAAGUUAUUAAAUGGAUUUCAUCAACUGUUAUGAUAUUCGGAGGUGUUGCUCCGUUUAUUCCUCAGUACAGAGAAAUAAAAAGAAAAAAUGAUGCGGAAGGAUUUUCUUUGUACGUUUGUUUAGCACUUCUUAUUGCCAAUACUUUGAGGAUAUUGUUUUGGUUUGGAAAAAGGUAUGAAUUGCCACUACUGGCACAGAGUAUGAUUAUGAACAUUAUGAUGUUAUUAAUGAUUCACUUAUGUGUUAAAGUGAAAAAUAGAAGUCAAAUAAUCAGAGGCCCUGAUAGAGUUUUCACAGACUUUGAUUGGAAAUACUUCUGGGCAUGGACGGAUUUCCAGUCAUACAUAGACUUCCUACUAGUCGUCUCUCUAGUCAUGUCCCUCCUCACCUUCCUUCUGUUGGACUUUAUCAUCUAUGUAGAGAUCCUUGGCUUUCUCGCUCUUUUUAUGGAAGCCAUGCUAGCUGUGCCUCAGCUCGUCAAAAACUUCAAGAGCAAGUCAACUGAAGGCAUGAGCAUCCUCAUGGUCCUGAUGUGGACAGUGGGAGAUGUGUUCAAAACAACAUAUUUCAUUCUUCGAGAAGCACCCGCACAGUUUUGGCUGUGCGGGAGUCUCCAAGUUCUCAUAGACGUCACCAUCCUAGGCCAGCUCAUCCGCCACCACUUUGUAAUAAGUCAUGUUGCUGGCUUGAACCAUCUCAAGCUGAAAGGCCGAUACCCCCAUCUCACAUCAGUUCACUGCCUCUGCAGGGAUUCUACACUCCACCUCAGAUCGGGUUGCUCAGCUUAA